GAGCAGGAGCCGCGCACACUCCACCUACCCACCUCUAGCAGCGCAAAGCCAGGGCUCCUCAAGCCGCCCCACUCCACAGAGCAGAAGAAACCACCAAUUACCAAGCAGGAGAAACUGCCAAUUACAAGGAGCCUCUGUCAGGUAGGAGAAAGGAUGCGGACGUCUCCAGCCCUUGCCUGCCUGGCCCUGGUCCUGGCCCUGGCGUUGGGUGAAGGGUAUGGGCUGCUCACUGAGCCCCAGCUGGCCCAACUGACCACAGACUUCGGCGUGAAGGUGUUCCAGCAAGUGGCUCAGGCAGCCAAGGACCGCAACGUGGUUUUCUCACCCUAUGGGGUGGCCUCUGUGCUGGCCAUGUUGCAGCUGACCGCAGGAGGGAAAACCCGAGAGCAGAUCCAAGCCGCGAUGGGGUUCAAAAUUGAAGAGAAGGGCGUGGCCCCCGGCCUCCGAGGACUGCACGGGGAGCUCUUGGGGCCCUGGAACAAAGAUGAGAUCAGUAUCACGGAUGCCAUCUUUGUCCAGCGCGACAUGAGGCUGGUCGAGGGCUUCAUGCCCCACUUCUUCAAGCUGUUCCGGACCACUGUGAAGCAAGUGGACUUCUCAGAGGCAGAGAAAGCCAGAUUCAUCAUCAACGAUUGGGUGAAGAGGCACACGAAAGGUAUGAUCAAUGACUUGCUGGGCAGAGGGGCCGUGGACCCGCUGACGCGUCUGGUGCUGGCAAACGCACUUUACUUCAAUGGCCGGUGGAAAACGCCCUUUCCUGAGUCAAACACCCACUACCGCGUCUUCCACAAGUCUGACGGCAGCACCAUUCCUGUACCCAUGAUGGCGCAGAUGAACAAGUUCAACUACACUGAAUUCACCACCCCAGAUGGCCAUAUCUAUGACAUCCUGGAACUGCCCUACCACGGGGAAACCCUCAGCAUGCUUAUCGCAGCUCCCUUCAGAAAAGAAGUGCCUCUCUCCACCAUCACCAGCAUCCUAGACGCCCAGCUUAUCAGCCAGUGGAAAGCCAAGAUGCUCAGACUGCCCCGCCUCCUGGUCCUACCCAAGUUCUCCCUGGAGACUGAAAUCAACCUGAGGACACCCCUGGAAAAUCUGGGAAUGACAGACAUGUUCAAUCCAGCUGAGGCAGACUUCACAAGCCUCUCAGAUCAAGAAUCGCUCCAUGUGUCGCAGGCCCUGCAGAAAGUGAAGAUGGAGGUAGACGAGAGCGGGACGGUGGCCUCCUCCUCCACGGUCGCCGUGGUGUCGGCCCGCAUGGCCCCUGAGGAGGUGAUCAUGGACCGACCGUUCCUAACUGUGGUUCGGCACAACCCCACAGGGACAAUCCUUUUCAUGGGCCAAGUGAUGGAGCCUUAGCGAGCGGCCCUGCCCCAGGACACGACUGGACCUGUGUCACACGCCAAGAAACUCUCAAGAGAAGAAUUUCCCCUUGCAUGGUUCUCUCCAGAGAAAGCAAAGACACCCACCUUUCUCUCCCAAUGGUAACUUUCCCCACCAGUCACCUGGGCGUCAGCCUCUCUCAGGAGUUGGGGGAUUGGCUCUCCCUAGGCAGAGAACAAGAAAGAUCCAGGCUGGAGGGGAUGGAUGGAACCCAUCUCUCCUCACAUCUGGCUCCCGGGCCCCAGGCACACCAAAAGGAACUUGCAGACUCUGAGUGCCUGGCCAAACGAUUUACAUUCCACUCACACCCUGAAGAAUGACAAGGCCACCACGAGACUCAUCUCAAAGGACACCCCAGUCCUGACCGCCCCCCUCCGCUCAGAAGGGCUGAUGACCACCCAAGCAAAGCCCUUCCCCACCCCUUCCCACCUCCCACAGACCCUCCCCUCCCCCAGCCGGGGCAGACAUAUAUCACUUUGGAGUGUAGGUAACUUGUUUACACAUAGAAGCAGGUUUUUGCUUCCUAAAAACUUUUCUUUUUAGUCAAGAGCCAGUAGCUCACGCCUGUAAUCCUAGCUAAUCGGGAGGCUGGAUCCGAGGAUUGUGGAUUGAAGCCAAGAAAGUCCAUGAGACUCUUAGGUCCAAUGAACCAUCAAAAAGCCAGAAGUAGAGUUGUGGCUCAAGU